AUGCAGAAGCCACGCAUUUCUAGAUUAAGCCACCACUUGCAGCGUGGCGUAGGCGUUAACGCUCCAUCUGGUCGCAUCUUAAACAACACCGAUCCAUCAUCAUCACACUCUAUAUAUGAUAUAUCCCUUCUUUCUCAGAUACUCGAUCCUAAACUCCAAUUUACUUCCCUCUCUGUUUAUGCAGAUCCUGUAAGAAAAAUGAAAACCCAAGUUGAGUUGAAAUUUUCUUCUUUCUUUGAAAAAUGGAUGUGUUUACUUGAAGAAUUUCUUCGAUAUUAUCUGAGGGUCUCAGCGGAGAAUUCCCAGGAAGUGGACCAUGAAGUUUUGGUUAAUAUGCUGACAGCCCAUCACAAGGAAUUCUAUACUUAUAAAUGGGCUGCGGCACAUGAAGACGUUUUGGCGUUCUUCGCGCCUGUUUGGUUAAGCCCGGUUGAGAACGUCAAUCUUUGGAUCACUGGAUGGAAACCGUCGAUAGCUUUUCGACUAAUUGAGUCACUGAGAAAGAUUCAGUCUCCUGGUGCAAGCCUGGCUACCAUGACUGAUGAACAAGUGAAAAAGAUUGAGGCUUUGAGAGUGAAGAUAAAAAUGGAUGAGGACAAAGUGGAGAGAGAGUUUGAAAGGCAACAGGUGGGCAUGGCAGACAGGAAAAUGGUGAAGUUGGCAGCUUUAGAAAAGCGAGUUGUGAAGAAUGGUGAAUCGGCGGUGACUCAGUUAAAUGAGCUGGUGGAGAUGGCGAUGAAGGGGUUGCUGGGUGGGUUGGAGAAAGUGAUGAAAAUGGCUGAUUGUGUGAGGCUUAAGACACUGAAGGGCGUGUUGGAUAUCCUAACUCCCAUUCAAUCUGUGGAUUUCUUGGCCGCCAUGUCCAUGGUUCAAAUUCGGAUGAGGAAAUGGGGGAAGAAGCAUGAUAAAAAUUUGCAAUGA